AUGGAAGCACUUCAAAGACUUCGCACCGCGCGAAGCGAAACCAACUUACGGCGCAAACCAGUAUCACCGAUCCCUCCGCUCCCGACCCAGCCUCCGCCGCCCUACUCAUCCUCGAAACCCUACGACAACGACGCCGCCCUCGGCCUAGGCAUCCAAACCCAUAUAGUCCCGGUGAACAGCUACGACGAAGACCAUACGCCUGUGACGAGCCAGAGGCCAUUGAUGCCGCUUCCCCUACGGAUUCCUGGCCGCCGGGCUCCUUCCCCGGCCCCGGAGACACCGCAAACAACGACACAAGUGCGUCAUGAAGUUCAUGUUGAGAUGCAGACGCAUGCACACGUUCAGAUGAGGGCAGAGACGAUUUCCCCCGAAGAGGUUCCGGGACUCACCCCAAGCAUACGGGCGAAGCCCGGCGCCUUCAUGAGCAGAAGCAGACCUACCUCACCAUCGCCCAUCUCUCUGAGUCCCGCCACACCAGACAGCGCGUCUGGCGUCUUCCCAUCAACUGAGACCGGGGAGGCAGCAGCCGCCCCGGCCAAGAAGAACUUUUUCAAGAACGCAGCGGACGAGACAGCCUUCUUUGCGGGCGGGCUCAUCUCCCACCCGGCAGAGUCUACCAAGCACUAUACCAUCUUGCGCCACUCGGCUGGUAUUGUCAUGUACAAGGGCUCAGAGACAUCGGUCACCAUCUCCAUCUUCUCGUCGGAGCCGCUCCCUGUUGACCGCACACUGUGGCUGCAGCAGCGCGGAUUCUCGGGCGACAAGGGCAUGAAGCUCAAGACGUUGGUUGGCGCGACGGGAUCAUGGAUCAACGUGACGCCUGUCUCGCAUGUCGAUGUGUCUGCGGUGCCAGAAGGCGACGAGCGGGCUUUUCAGAGAGACAGCGCCAAGUGGCUCAAGAAGGCGGCCAAGGCGGGCGGCAAGGUCAGCAAGCACGUGUGGCGCGAGACGCACGUCGUGAGGAUCCCUGCCGCCGCCGAGGACGGGUACUUCCGCAUCAUCCUGUGCGCCUCGUCCAGCAGCAGCUCCAGCGAUCACUACGCCCAGGGAACGUCGCCCUACUAUGACGACGGCACAGUGCGCCCGCCACCCAAGAAGAAGACCCUGUGCAGCAGCCCCGUCUUCCGAGUCUUGAGCACAAGCAAGGACGUGAGCGUCAUGCGCGGUGCCAGCGUGACCACCAUGCCCCUCGAGAUGGGCAUCAAGGUCGCCAGCACGGUCGGCAUCGUGUAUGCGAGCAAGUACACCAAGCCUGUCACCAUGGCUGCCGGUGCAGCGCAGGGCCGGGCUGCCACCAUGGUUACCAAGAAGAUCAAGCAUUCCGAGACGAUCGCCAAGGUCGGCAUGAAGGCGUACGACAAGUCAGGGAUGCAGGGACGUCUCGUUGAGGCCAACAACAGGUACAAUACGGAGCACGCGGCAGGCCGGUACAACACCAUCGGCCAGAGACCCGCCGUGUUUGGCGAGAACACUGUUGGCCCCGACGAGGGACCGGAGGAGCCCUUCCCCAUCAAGUUUGGCGGCAAGGUGGUCAGGGGAACUGGCAGGGGCGCCAGCGAGCUGAGCAUGCCUACAGCGAACCUGGACGACGUCCCCGAGGAGAUGCGCCAGCGUCUCCGAGGCGUCUACUUUGGCUGGGCAUGCGUACAGCCGAACGGCAGCAAGAAGGCCCAGCCACUAGACGAGGCCAUCGACCCCGACUGGCAUGAGGCGAUCAUCACUGUCGGUGUGCCCACGCACAGCGUAAACCCGGCCGUCAUAACACAACGCCCGAUCGUGACAGUGCACCUCGUCAACGACUUUGGGCCGGGCGUGACCUUUUUCGAUGCGAGAAUGAAGCUCGUCGUCAUGGGCUACCUGCGCCCGACCCUGACAGGGAACGGUGCACCGGCUCCCCCGUCCAUGGAGCAGCACCUGCACUGCCUCGCCAUGGACAGGAUGUUGACGCUAGGCAGCCUGGCGCGAGAGGCGUGGGCUCCCGAGGUGGCCAAGGACCAGAUCCGGGAGCUGAAGAACGCGAGGACGUUCUCCGAUCGACUGGUGGGGGCGAGGGAUAAAGCGCAGAUGCAGUUUGACCGCGUGCCGGUGCAUCUGCUCGGUGUGCGGACUGAUGCCGCAGGCAUGAUGGAUCAGGCUCACGGAAACGGGGGCUACUGGAUCUCGAGGUGA